AACAAGACCGACAACAACAUAACCUUAUUUAUUAAACUUUAGGAAACAUGGAAGUGUUUUAAAACUAUGAUCCAUUUAGAAAAACACCUUGCCACAUUGUUUAAUAACUUAUUAUAAUGGCAGCCAAGGGUCGCAAAAAGGUAACAGCCAAAUUCACAGCAGAUAAUAUAGACAGCACAGCACCAGUUAAAAAUAUAUUAGACGAGUUGCAGCACAGAAAUCCGCAGGCUUACUUGUUCUAUGGACAAACCCUCCGGCCUAAGAGGACAACGAGCAGGCAUGAGAACUAUCAUUUUACUUUACCAGGUCACCCCUUAAACGCUUUCGACGAUGAUUGGGAUGGGGAACUGAAUCCAGACUACUUUGAACAGUUUUCAUACAAGAGUCUGCCGCCCAAAAUGAUAACGCCCAUGAAAAACGUUGACAAGGCUGAUCCAGUAACUUGCUUGAUGUUGGAGAAAAUUGAGUGGUACCGUACUUCAGCCAAUCUCAAACGCAUUGCUAGCUACCUUAACGUGAUGGAACACUACGAGACCCUGAACGAUGAGGUGGUCCAGUGCCCCCGACACCUGGUGGACAUCGCGGCUCACCUGGACAGCGAUCCCGACCGCUACUUCGACGCGUCCUACAACUGGUACUACGCGGGCCGAGGCAACUUGCAGCUGAUAUGCGUUGAUUGGAUCGACUACUUGCUGCAUAGUGAAUUUACUACUACUUAUUUAUCAGAUUUUAGCAAAAACGACCUGAAUAUAAACAUGAAUCAUGUUGCUACAUUCGAUUGCGGCGAAGAAAAUUACAUUCUCGAAACUAUUACCUCGUCAGAACACAUUAUAGUUUUAAGAACGAAAUAUAUAAUUUUCAUUUUGAAAUUAAUAAAAAUAGAUGACAGUAUAACACUGGAAAAACUGAAAUCUAUCAAAUCUGAAUUACCGUAUACAAGUGUAGCAUUUGACAACUUCCAUAAUAAUAUACUUUAUAUCACGACCUUAGAUCAAAAAUUAAGUAUAAUCAAUUUAGAUAGAAUGAAAGCUAGAAGUGUUCAGUUAAAAGGUAAAAUAUCAACUUUAAUUGAUAACUGGAAUACGGUGGUAAGUUCGGAAAGAGGGUUUUACAUUCACGCCGCUAGAAACAACAUAUCGAUUUAUGACAAAAGGUCCAACAAUGUUGUACAUUUAUGGAAAGAUUUAAGAAAUAUUACAGACGAUUACACUUGUAACGACAUAAGUGUGGCAAAGCAUUUCGAAGGAAAGAACUCCUUGUAUUUCGGCACGGACCAUCAUCUCUUCUUGAUGGACUUGCGUUACGGCGUUAAAAGUGGUCCAAAAGUAGUCCAGCGCUGGACGCACGGUAUGGAAUGCGUGCCCACAUAUAUCGACCACUGUCACUUUGAGUUCAGCAAAGAUUUAAUAUGCCUAAGCAGCCAAUGGUGUGAGGAUAUGUGCGUGGUGCCAAGUUAUAACGAUAGAUUAAUCAAAGACACAAAUUCUGGUGGUGUGACUAUCCCGUACCGCCCGCCAAGCAUACGGAGUAGCUUGAGCGCGGCAAGACAAGCGAUGCUCUGCCAUAACCUAUACAACCCCAUAGAUACUAGAGUCUGCACAUCUAUAACUGGAAACUUGGUGAUCGAGCAAGGAGAAAAAUAUGAUAUACUCCUGCAGAACUCACUGGGUGAUAUAUCAUGUCACACGUUGUUUCCCGAUCAUUUUGAGUCGUUCAUUGAGGAUGAUAGUGCACAGAACUUGCACGAGUGGAGUGCGACGUAUCAGUUGGAGAAGAAAGAAUUCGAAGUUUCCUCGAUAGAGAAUAUAGCAAGUGUAAUGAAGAAAUUAAGAAAGAUACCCGAUGAUUACAGAAUCAAUGACGAUUUUCGAAAAGAGAAGUGUAAGUUUGACGAGAAUGAAAUUGUCGAGGCUUUCGGGGAGGAGGAAAUUGAUAUUGGCUUGCAGGAAGUAUGGACUGCGAGUCCAAACGAGACAUUAGUUGACGAGUCAUCGUUGGCACUGAAUUUGUAUUAUUCUGAUGAUGACAAAAACGACUCGCGUAUCCAGAAAUGACGAAGCAAUACACAAAGUGUAGGAUUUUAUACCUACUUAUAUUUGUAUGAAAUCAAAAGAGCACCAUCUAGUGACUGUUUUCCAGUAUUGUAUGAUGGCGCUCUUUCCAUUCUAUACAAAUUGUAGUUAAUGUCCCUAUUGAAUAGGUAGACAAUCUUACACUGGGCACUUAGUACUCCCUCAGUAUUAAUUACAUUUUACUCGAAAUUGUAGACUGACAAUAUCGAAACAUUUGCUUAUAAAUAAAUAAAUAUACUGCGACAAUACACACAUCGCCAUCUAGCCCUAAAGU